CAGUAAAACUUUGCAAGCGAAGGCUCUUAUUGGAGGUGUUGCGAUCAAGAGGUGAAGAUGAGAAGAGAUAAAUUUCCCUGAAAUGGGUUAUGGAGAAUUGUGAUUAAUAAUACCGGUCGCUUGGAGUGUUCUAUUCGUGAGUCAUGCAAAAUUACUACAUUGCAGGUUUCACUGUCCUUGUAGCUGUGCUAUGGCAGGUCGGAUUUCUUCACAGCCUCUGCUCGAUAUUAUGGAACUGUUUCGUUAUACUUAUGGGGAUUUUCUCAGGGGCAAUGCUUUACCUCCUCUCCGGCAAACAACGAAACCCAUCGACACCAAAACUUCCAAAGAAAGUUGAAACAGUCAGCCGUUUUCUGGCCAAGCUUACUCGAAGUCAAACUCACAAACCUUACAAGCAUAAGACUGUUGUUUCAAGACCUGUGGACAAAACCAUCCAAGAGGUGUUUGAUUUGUUCAUCCGUGAUUUUUGCCUGUCUUGGUUUCGUGAUUUGGGAAAAGAUGAAGCUGCUUUUGUCGAUUUACUUACUGAAGAGCUGUGGGUAGUGACGGCGAAUCUUGUGGACAGGUUAAAAUGCGUUGACACCGUGAAAUUCUUGUCGAACGAUGUGGUUGAAAUUCUCAGCAGACACUUCCAACAGUUGCGACUCGCAGACACCCGAACUUUUUCUGAUAAUGCGAUUCCUUUCGUUCUCCAUCCAUGCCUCGCGAGUCGAGCUGCAGAGCUUGAUUAUCUCCGCAAAGCUUCUGAGGUCAUGCUUUACUGUCUUCUUCCUCAAAAGAACUCACAUUGUUCCACAAUGCGGUACCUUUUGCGCGAGAUUUUAGCAUUCUCUGUGUUUCAGCCUCUGGCCGACAUGUUGUGCGACCCUGACUAUAUAAACCAAACCCUUCUCAUCCAUUUGGAUGCUAAAGAAGCCCUCACAGCUCAACACAAGCAAGGUUAUGCUUAUGCAGAAACUUAUGAAGACUUCAUCAAGAUGAUCAAUACAUCAAAUUCAGUUGAAGCUUUGAAGCAAAUUAGGUAUCACAUCAUUGCAGAAAUCAUGCAGGCAACUACAAUUAACAACUUAAAGGGAAUUGAUCAGUUUGGACAAGAUGACAAACAAGGAAAAGCCCUAAAGAAAGAUGCUCAACUGAGAGCUAGGAAUCUAAAACUGUACAUUAACCAGUGUACUGUGGCUAAAGCUCAAUGUGAACGUCGCAUCAAAAUGUUAGGGGGACCUGAUUAUAGUAAUAAGGGAGGGACAGAUAUAAUACAGACUGGACAAGAGAAACUCAAGGUUACUAAAAAACUGAGUGCAACAUCUCAAGCCAAAGUGUUAGGCUUUCCUGAGGUGAUGGAUAACAGCUUGGCAAGGAGCUUUUUUAUGCUUUUCCUUCAAAAUAAAACUGGCAGCAAAAACAUGCUCAGUUUCUGGAUGGCUGUUCAGAAUCUUAAAUUAGUAAAACACACCGAAUUGCACAAAAGUGCACAAGAAAUCUACCAAGUAUAUGUAGCUCCAUCAUCGGACAAAUCUGUGAUGUUGGACACCACUUUGGUGAGAGGAAUGGAGCAGUACUUGUAUGGUACACAUGGACUUCAAGGGUUCUUUGAUGCGCAGAAGAAGGUUUAUAAAACUUUAGAGGAAAGGUUUUACCGCAAGUUUGUGCUAAGUGAAGAGUACUUCAUGUUUGUUUGUCAAUCAGAAGCAGAGUUUGAUGAUUUGCGUGCUCAACACAGAGAGGAUGAGGACCUAGAUUUGAACUGGAAUGAUGAAUUUGAUUUGGAUACAACGGAUGAAGAGGUUGGAACAGAAAGUGAUGGGACUCCAAAGCUUGCACGCAAACCAAGUACUGUUGAAGAACGGAGUGAAGCAAUUGUCCAUAAGUUAGAAGUUCUUGAUCAAAGACUUGCUUCUAAGACACAGCAAUUGGAAUUUGUGAAAAGAAGUUAUGGAGCUGAGGUUGAGGAAAUGGAACAUUUAACUGGUGAGAUUGAAAAGUUGAAAACAGAAAGAAUGCAGCUGGAAUUUCAUGUAGAGAGAACAGAUCAAUGGUGUGAAAACUUAGGGAUGUGGAAGAUAGAGAUACCUAGUGUUGAGUGCAAUAUAGAUGGUGAUAGGUCAGUACCUGUGUAUGCUAUAGUGGUUCACAGUGCUGGAGACAAGGCACAAUCAUCUGGCAAAUCACAUGGGGGAGGUGGAAAUCUCAAUUCAGAAGGCUGGGUUGUAACCAGGAAGUUCAAAGAUUUUGAGACUCUCCAUGUUAAAUUAAAGGAGUGUUGUUCUUGGCUUUCUCGUGAUCUGCCUGUGCCAUCCAAAAAAUGGUACAAAUCCAUUGAUGAUGAGUUUUUAGAACGAUCAAGGAAAGCAUUGGAAGAAUACCUACAGACAUUACUAGCUGAUGAGAAACUGUGCUUAAGUGAAGAGCUGUACUCUUUUCUCAGUCCAAGUCCUGAACAUCUUAAGAAGCAAAGAGUUUUCUGGUUUAGAGUACAUUUUACAGCUGGUGCAUGUAUACAACAGAUGAAGGCAGAUUUCCCUCUUAUUUUAAGUGAACCUGCCAAAAGAGGGUUUUCCCUUUUAUCAGUGUUGAAAAGCCUACCUUUUGACAUGAUCCCAGCAGAAGAAGCUGAUGAGGAAACAGGCCUUGAUCAAGAAGAGAGUUCCCUGCGUAAAGAUUCUAUUGCUGAGCCAUUUUAUGGAUUGAUUGGUGAAAUAUUUGAGCUGAAAGGAGUUUUUAAGUGGCUGAGAAGAACUUUAAUAGCUUUUGUACAAGUCACAUUUGGAGGCACAAUUAACAAGGAAAUCCACCGUAUGGUUGAGUGGCUUGUGUCUGAAUCAAUGGUAAUGUACUACAUUCACUUGUUCCGUGACUCCACAUGGCCUGGUGGGGAACUGGCGAAACCUUCAGUACCACGUACUGAUGCAGAAAAAUUUGAAACCAGCAAAAGAGCAAGACAGAAACUUCUCAAAAACAUUCCAGAAGUUCUCCAGAAUCUGGUGGGAAAGAAAAACAGUAAACUUGGAACACUGAAGGUGUUUGAAGCAUUUCAGGAUAUCAAGGUUACUAAACAUCUGUUUUAUGUUGUGUUUGAGCUCAUGUUAUUUACCAUUUGCCCAGAAGUGGUGUCUGAGGAAGUUAGGCACAGAGCAAUGGUUUUGAAAAACACGCAGCCAAUUUCACCUGACACCAAUCAAUAAGGAAACAGUUACUGUGGGAAAAAAUUUCAAGUGAUGAUUGGAUUAGUGGGAAAUUACUACCCUACUUGUGAUGUAUAUUGGGCCCACAUUGCAAUGCUUCAAUAAGUUAACCAAGUCCAUAUUGAUCAUUAUGCAGAAGCCUUUAGACUGCUCAAGGGUACACUUUUUAAGAUGUAUCUCCAAAAUGUUGCUGCAAAAUCAUUGUUCAUUCAAGGUUGGAUAAAAACCAGAAUUUUAGACACUUGUGGCCAAAAAAAUUAACAAAUACUUGGUUUGAAAAAAACCUGGCAGCCAUUUCCACUAUUUUUUUCAUCAUUAGAAGUACCUUAGAACAGCAGAAUAAUUAUGUUUUCACUUUUUCUCUGCCAGAUGAAAAUUUCACUGCCUUUAUAUUUAAAGGUAUAUUUAUUUUUAUUUUAUGAUUAAUAAAAAGCUGUAAUAAUA